UAGGAAUUUCCGGUGACGUCAGCGCGUCAGGACUCCAUUAGUGUUGCAGCUGUUUGGAGAAUAACAACAAAACGGGGGCGACUGUCAGCGCUUUCGCACUUGUCAGUUCUUCGCAGUUCAAUAGGGACGAGGUGUCGACAAACUGGGAGCUGAAACCUCCUUUCCCACCCGGAGCUUCGCCGGCUUCUAACCACGGCCGCUCUCGGUGAGGAAACUCUGGCCUCCGCUUCCUCCUCCUCCGACUCGGACACCGGCGGAGCGUCACCGCCCCCACGGAAGAAACACCGAGCCUCGGCGGCGGAGGGAGCAGGAGAGCCCGUGGCGUCAACAGUCGGAGCGGGCCUUCACGGUGUUGGACUCGGAAUCGCUACUACUUCUUCUUCUCCCUCUCUCCAUUCUCAAGCCACCUCAGCUAUUCAUUUUAAUCGAAGUCUAGUCAGCAAUAUCGGCAUCAAUAUGCAGGCAAACGGAGCAGGACAAGAAUCGUCGGAGCUUUCCUGUCUUAAUAGCGCACAAAACGGGGAGUCAUCCUCGGGUAGUGGGACACACUCAAACGGUCUGCUGUCUAGCACAAAUAACGGUAACGGUGUCGGUACCAGUAACGGGGCUUCUACAGGACCAGGCUCCGGGACCGUCUCGACGGUUUCUGGUUCUGACGCCUCGUCGAAGAAGAAGAAGCGACUCUCUCAAGCGGAGGAAGAUGUCAUCCGAUUAAUAGGACAACAUCUCCACGGACUAGGGCUAAAUCAGACGGUGGACCUGCUGAUGCAGGAGUCGGGGUGCAGACUUGAACACUCCUCGGCCACCAAGUUCCGCAACCAUGUCAUGGAGGGGGACUGGGACAAGGCUGAGAAUGAUCUCAACGAGUUGAGAGCACUGAUGCAUUCUCCCAAUGCCAUUGUGCGGAUGAAGUUCCUGCUGUUGCAGCAAAAGUACCUGGAGUACCUGGAGGACGGCAAGGUGCUGGAGGCCCUGCAGGUGCUCCGCGGCGAGCUCACACCGCUAAAGUACAACACGGACCGCAUCCACGUCCUCAGCGGGUACCUGAUGUGCAGCCAUGCAGAGGACCUGAGAGCCAAGGCAGAGUGGGAGGGAAAGGGCAUUGCCUCUCGCAGCAGACUGCUGGACAAACUACAGACGUACCUGCCGCCCUCGGUGAUGUUGCCCCCGCGGCGGAUGCAGACGCUGCUCAGGCAGGCGGUGGAGCUCCAGAGGGACCGCUGCCUCUACCACAACACCAAGCUGGACAGCAGCCUGGACUCGGUCUCCCUCCUCCUGGACCACGUCUGCAGCCGGUCAGUAGCGCAAGGGGCUAGCAUGUGCGCUACUACUGGCAUGCGGAAACAGUUCCCCUGCUACACGCAGCAGAUCCUCACAGAGCACUGUAACGAAGUCUGGUUCUGCAAGUUCUCUCACGACGGCACCAAGCUGGCCACUGGCUCCAAAGACACCACUGUCAUCGUUUGGCAAGUGGACCCGGAGACGCACCAGCUGAAGCUGCUGCGGACCCUGGAGGGCCAUGCCUACGGUGUCUCCUACCUAGCGUGGAGCCCAGACAACACCUACCUGAUCGCCUGCGGACCCGACGACUGCUCCGAGCUCUGGCUCUGGAACAUCCAGACGGGGGAGUUGCGGACCAAGAUGUCCCAGUCCCAUGAAGACAGCCUGACCAGCGUCGCGUGGAACCCAGACGGCAAGCGCUUUGUCACAGGGGGACAGAGGGGGCAGUUCUACCAAUGUGACCUGGACGGUAACCUGCUGGACUCCUGGGAGGGCGUGAGGGUACAGUGUCUGUGGUGUCUAGGCGACGGGAGGACGGUGUUGGCCUCGGACACCCACCAACGUAUUCGCGGUUACAACUUUGAGGACCUCACCGACCGAAACAUAGUACAGGAGGACCACCCUAUAAUGUCGUUUACUGUUUCAAAGAACGGAAGAUUAGCUUUGUUAAAUGUAGCAACUCAGGGCGUCCACCUGUGGGACCUGCAGGACCGGGUGCUGGUGAGGAAGUACCAGGGAGUCACCCAGGGCUUCUAUACCAUCCACUCCUGUUUCGGAGGACACAACGAAGACUUCAUCGCCAGCGGCAGCGAAGACCACAAGGUGUACAUCUGGCACCGUCGCAGCGAGCUGCCCAUCGCCGAGCUGACGGGCCACACGCGCACCGUCAACUGCGUGAGCUGGAACCCCGCCAUCCCGGGGCUCAUGGCGUCCGCCUCGGACGACGGUACGGUGCGCAUCUGGGGGCCGGCGCCAUUCCUCGAAACGCAGGAGCCCGACGGACCGAACGAAAACUGCAGUACCAUGGAUAGUUGAUGGUGACUGAAAGUACAACAGCUGUCGUCUCUCCAAACAAAAACCACAAGUCCACGACGAAAUAGCCGGGCCAUUGACUUCCAACCGCAACCAGAAGAAUAACGACCACACACAAGUCACCGACAACAAACAAACAACCACCUGAGAGCAAAUAAAAAAAGGCGAGAGGAAAAAUUCAAACUGCCUCAUGUUCCGACCCAGACGAAAACUGUGGAGGUGGCGGGAAUGAAAAAAAGGCACUCAGCAAACAUCCAGGUCUUCAUCCAAACCCCUGAUUGUUAGCCAGAGAUUUGGAAAGCAAGUCGCUCCCCGGAGGCUACCACCACCCACCCCACCACAGCCUCCCCGUCACAAGCCCCCAGGCGUCCAAAAGUCUCUUGCGAGAGCCGCCGCCACCUCCGACGAGGAACCCAACAUCGUGCUGCCCAUCCUCCCUGGUCUCCCUCAAAGACAGACACUGCAGACUCGGCGUAUAAUCUUCGGACGAAGUCUGUCUGCCUUUCUAUCCCUCACAUAUAUAUAUAUAUAUAUAUAUAUAUAUAUAUAUAUAUAUAUAUAUAUAUAUAUAUAUAUAUAUAUAUAUAUAUAUAUAUAUAUAUAUAUAUAUAUGUGUGUGUGCGUGUAUAUAUGUGUGUGUAUACAUGGAGACCGGCAUGGGGGUGUUCUGGGGUGGAUGGUGUACAGGGGGGUAUAGCAACUCUUCUGUAUGUAUGUGUUUUUAUCUUCUUGCUCUUCUUCCUCUAAGCUAUAUUCUUGGCACUCGAGUCGUUGGACGAAGGCUACAAAAAAAAAAAUCUUUAAAAAAACACUGGUCAACCAACCGACAAAAGAAGACACAAAAAAAAAGAUGCUCGAUGUUGAAUUUGUUUUUCUUGAUGAUCCCGGCGUUAUUCCCCUUUUUAAGAGGCGACUCUUGGCUUGGAGUAGAGAGCGUGGCCAUUGAAAGCUUUAGUGUGAAGAAUACACUGUCCCUUGGUUUCUUUCAUUUAGGACAAAGUUGCUUGGGGUUCUAUUUUAGUUAUUUUUUCCAUUCCCGUAAUUAUUCAAUCUGAACCAGAAGUAUCUGUGGUGUUGUCUGUAGGAUGAAGCCCCCACCCAAUCAUCACACAGUUGAGCUUGCUAUCGCACAUCUCCCCCCUCCCCUGCAAGAGAAGAUGUAACCAAGAGGGACUUUAGUUGCAUAUCAUUGGCGAGGAGACCGUUAACUGCAAAACCCGGGCUUUGCUUUACCGCCAUUUUCUAUAACCUCUGUCUAAGAGACGCGCUCGCAGACACAAAAGAGCAUUAGAAACCCCUCUCUUUGCUCACUAAUGACUACACUUGGCGCGUGUGUGUGUGUGUGUGUGUGUAUGUGUGUGUAUGAGGGCAGGCGCAUGUAUACCUGCAUCAAUGUGGGUGUGCUGUGUGUAUUUGUGUGUAUGUUUGUUUUGUAAGCCCGUGCUAAACUUACACCAGCAGAAGAAACUUGCUCUCUCUCCCCCUCCCUCACCCCAAACGCCCACUGCUGCCCCUUAAAUCCACCAGUUAAUAUUGUAAAAGGCUUUUAAAUCAACUCUUAAGUUAUCCAAAGCCCCAUAGCGACCUCUAUCUGUGGAACUAAUGAAAACUUGAGAGCCAUUUUGUAAAAACAUAUUUUGCUUUUUGCUUUUUUAAUCUGGGGCUUUUCUUUUACAUUGAAUCUGUUUUAUAUAUAAAUAUAUAUAAAUAUAUUUCUCCUUACCACACAUCCUUCCAAUGAUGGUUUGUUGGCAUUGGCAGUCUUACUUUGAAGGGGGUAACCCGGGUGGAGUUGAAGGUGUAUUCUGACCUUUUUGAUUCGUUCUUUUUGCCAUCAGUUGUUACCGGGGGCGUUAUGAGUAAAGGUUGAUUUCAAAGAUGUUCAUGAUUGUAAUCACUGAAGGGUCAUGGUUUAGAGGCGGCAAUAACCAGAAAAGCUACAAGCCCAGGGACAGUGCUUGGGGAAUGUUCCUAAUUUAGCGAGACACAAACCCGACUGCCUUCCUCGUCACACAUUUGCACAAACACCUUCAGUACGUUCAACCCUCCUCCGUUCCCCCAUUGCACUUUGACUGGUCUUUUGCUUUUCUCUUGAGACGAAGACCGGAAUCUAUUUGGUUCUAUUCUAUCAAGACUCCUCCCAAGUUUGAAAACUAAAACGUUUUGUUAAUGUUUACCAACCCUGAGGAGAAAACCCCCGAAGAGUUUAAUUCCUUGUUUUGCCCUCAAUGUGACCUGACACGGGGGGGGAAUAUAAUAUUGUACAUGACACAUCAGGGAACACAAACCCACGCGUACAAAGCAUAACAGACUCAUUUUGAGGCUGCCACACAUUUCGGGGGCUUGGAAGGAUAACUGAAGACCCCUCACACACACCCACCAAGUUGUUCAGUGGCCACAGCAUCAUUCAAGGUUUUCUUCCCGUUUUCAGAUAUGACUAUUUGAUACAGACUGAUAAAAAGGUUUAAAACAAUGCUUUUCUGUCUGUUUUUAUUGAACUUUUUGUUACUUUACGUUUUGUUCUCACAUAUAUAAUUUUUUUUUGGUUGACCGCUAUCCCUGUAUGAUUAUAUUAAAAUAUAACUAGA